AUGAAAUCAUCACAACUAACAAUUAAGCCUUUUCUAUUUAUUAUCAUCGCUUGCUUAGUCUUACUCCUAAAUUUAGAGACAACAUUUACAUCAUCGACAGAUAAAACUCUGCAGACGAAUGAUAUAUCAUCACGAAUUAACAAAAUACUUCAUUCGGAGAGAUUGGUGCAAAACACCAACGAUUCAAUAAGUAGCAAUGAAACCAGUGUGGUGAACAGUACAAUACCGACAAGUAACAAUCAAACAAUUCAAUCAUCGACUAAUUGUUUAACGUUUCCAUGUUGGAAUGGAAAUUGUGUGGAAAAUGAAAGUUGUUCUUGUUUUUAUGGAUGGGUUGGAACCUAUUGCAAUAGUACUCUAACUUGUUAUGGUAAGAGUUAUAAUAACCCAACAGUGUGCAGUGGUUUUGGAAAGUGCAACUCUCCAAAUAAUUGUUUGUGUAAUGAAGGAUAUUCUGGAUAUACUUGUAAAUAUUACUAUUGCAAUUCAACUCUCUAUAGUAACACAUCUUAUGUCUGUAAUGGGAGGGGAUCUUGUCUUCAACCUGAUAAAUGCCAAUGCAAAAAUGGUUACAAUGGAACUUUUUGUGAAUUUGAACAACAAAGACCUAUUGCUAUGCUUUCUUAUACAUUAACUGAAUUUCACAAAUGCCAACCUAUAGUUAUUAAUGGAGAAAUGAGCACACCUUCAUAUGGAAAUCCUUUUAUUUAUAUUUGGACUAUACAACACAAAACUAAAACAAGUUAUGUGAAACAAUACUCAACACCAUUUCUCAACCUUACAACCACAGAAGUUACAGUGUAUGGAAGCUUCGAUCUUACCCUCACGGUUAAAGAUGCUAUUACUGGAGUUUUGAGUAUUCCAAAGACUAUUACUGUUGUGAAUUUGGGUUUUCCUCCACCUGCUAUAGAAAUUGUUGGAAAGAAUAAUAGAACUCUCGCCACCACAGACGUUCCAACAAUUUUCAGAAAACAAAUUACCAACUUGGAUUAUUCCUGCGUGGCAAAGCAAGAAUACAAUUUUACAAUUUCAUGGAAACAAAUUUAUGGACCUUUUGUAGAUUUUACAACAGAUACAUAUUCUAAUUUACAAAUCAAUAGACUGUACUCUUAUGGUAAUCAAAAGUAUGUCUUUAGAGUUGGAACACCUGCAUUUGAUGGAUCAUUUUACUUUUAUGAUGAUUUAGAGAUAACAACCUACUCUCCUGAACUUCAGUUAAGAGUAAUUCAAUAUUUGGUAUCAGCAACAACAGCCCACAUUGAAGUGGAGUAUUAUGAUCCCGAUAUGUUAAAUACCCAAAGUAGUACAUGGACAUGGUCAUGCGAUCCAGCAUGUUCUACAACCUUACAAACAGCAUUGAAUAGUUAUGGUAAAACACAAUCCACCUCAUUCGAUCUCACUAAGGACAUUGUUUUAACCAGUUCUUCAUUCAUUCUCACUUUAAUGGUUGUGAAAGGUUCACGAACAGCAACAUCUUCUAUUGAAAUGGUACUUUCAGACAAACCAGUUAUCAGUGUCAUAGAUACGGUUCCUAAAAGAACGACCAUAACAACAGAUGAAGCAUUUGUCUACCAAAUUUAUUCUCAGUCAAUGUUAGAUACAAUCUCAUCGAGGAAGUGGUCUUUGAAUGGUGUCGAGUUAAGUGAUCAAUCUUCAACUCCUUCUACGAGUGAUUUUGUCAUUUUUCCUGCAUAUUCUUUAACAGAUGGUACUGACAACAUGUUAGCAGUAACAAUUGCAGAUUCUAGUGGAAGGCUUGCAACAACCUCUUAUUCUUUCAAAGUUGCAAAGAAUCCAACUCUGUGUUCUUGCCAAAUUCAACAAUCUACUGGUAUCUUUAUGGAAACAAAGUUUAGUUAUGUUUGUGACUCAUCAUGUUUAAAAAAUCAAACACUGGAUAUAGUUUAUGGUUUCUUGGAAGAAAGGACAUUUACCAAAAUUCCUCUUUCAGUCCUGGGAGAGACUUAUUCAGCAGUUCUUCCUCCUCCAUACGCAGGGAAUGAACUUUCACUCUUUUUGGAUGUUGUUAACACUAAAACUAUGGCCAAAAUUGGAAUUACUUCUAAAGUGACCAUCCUUCCAAUGUCUUUUGAAAAGAAUAUUUUGGAAAAAGUUUCAUUUUGGACUGAUCUUUACUCAAAUUCUGAAGGAAAUUGGAAUUUAAAUCUCUACACUGCCAGUGCUAUUGUGAGGUCAAUUUCAGCCAAUAUGAAUAACCCAAAUAGAACUACUUGUAUGAACGGUGUUGUGAGUGAAGGUGUUUGUACAUGUAUUGAAGGAUAUUAUGGAUCAGAUUGUUCAAUGAAAAUUGCCGAUUUCAAAGAACUUCAAGAUAAUUUGGUCAGUUUAAUGUCAGACUUGAAAACUGCUCUAAUUAUGCACCCAGAUCCAAACAUUUACCAUUUACAUUUGAUUCUUGUUGCCAUUGAUUCAAUGUUGAGAGAUUAUACCUCUGUGGCAACAAGUGUUGUAUCCAACACUAUUUCCCUUCUCGAUAAAACACUCACCAGAAUGACUGAAACUCAAGAAAUCAUUCCAUCAAAAAAUGUUCAAUUACUGAUCCACUACUCUUUAGAAUCAAUGUUCAAAUAUUUUGAGUGGAGAUCAUUCAGAGGUGAAGAAGACAAUAUGAUAUCUGCUGUGGCCCUAGCAAAAAAGUCUUCUAGAUUCCUAAUGAGAAACAAAAUUAUUGGAACUGAUCCAUCCCAAUUCAUUUCCACAACAUUUAGAUUAGUUUCAGCAAAGGUACCAAGAUUACAAUACAAGGGAAUCAAAAUUGACUUGGGAGAAGAUUCAUCUGUUUCAUUUAUUGGCGAUGUUUUCCCAAAGGCUUUUUCUAAAAGCAAUAUUGUUUAUUCAGUUUUGACAACAAAGGACAUUUUUAAAAUUGCUGAUAGAAUGACCAUUACCGAAAGUGGAUUUAUCAUUACACCAUAUGUUAUUUCACCAUUCUCAAUUUCUUUAGAUUUUGGAGAAGAUAACAUUAAUAAUAAUAUGGUAGACUACUCUACCAUUGUUUAUACAUUCCCAUUGAGAAACAUUUCAGAUUCAUUCAAUUAUUCGAAAACUUAUUGUGCCUACUAUGAUCAGGCUUUGAAAGUUGUGUUUGGUUGUAGUGUCAAAGCCUACACAGGAACAUCAAUUAGUUGUACCUGUAACAAGUUGGGUAAUGUUAUAUUGAUUGGACAAAUGAAAGCAACAACCACCUAUUCAUUCGAUUGGACUCUUUUAGGAGUAGUUGCCAUUACAAUUGUUGGAGCAAUCUUGUUGGUGUGUUGUUGCAUUAUUGUGAUAAUUCUUAUUGUAAUUGCAGUGUAUUGUCGGAAGAGAUACAGAGUUGAGGAUGAAAAAUCACAAAAGAUUAAGGUGGCAGAAACUAGAUAUGCUCGUUCCAUGAUGAAUAUUCCACUUGCUAAUGGUCAGUCAACAUAUUCUAUGGCAGCAGCUGCUAAUUAUUGA